CUGAAUUUUUAUUCCCACGAAUCCCAGUUUUUUCCUAAUUGAAAUCAAAAUCAAACUUCGUGAUUUUAUCAACAGUCGCCAUUCUCAACAAAUAAACCCUAACUGGUUCUCCUCGAAGAAAACCCUAACGCAGACGCCCAAAAACCUGAAGUUCUCUAACGCGAAUCGCCUGUAACCCUAGGCAAUUUCAAAACGAUGUCGUACGACGAUGUGGAGAUCGAAGACAUGGAGUGGAACGAGGAGCUUCAAGCCUUCACCUACCCAUGUCCGUGCGGAGACCUCUUUCAGAUUACCAAGGAUGAGCUCAGAAUGGGCGAGGAGAUCGCUCGUUGCCCUAGCUGUUCUCUCUUCAUCACCGUCAUUUACAACAUGGAAGACUUCGCUGGCGGUUCGGAUCCCAAGACGAAGAAGGGUCUCGAGCCUUCGAAACAGCAGCCGGUUGCUGUUGCCUAAGAAUUCUGGUGCCGAUUUAUAUCUAUGUAUAUCGUUUUUGAUGAGUUCUAUUUUUUGAGGGUUUUUUUAAUCAUCUUAAAUUGUGGUUUUGAGGAAUUAUGCGAAUCACAUUAGAUUUUGGUUUGAGGGAUUAUGCGACUGUCUUUGCUUUGUUUAAUCGGCUUGUAAUCGCCGCAAUUUUGUGGAAUUAAGAGGUGAAUUAGUCGGAAUUCAACUAUUUAUGGUAGUUGCGAUGUUUGAUUGGCUGGUCACUGUCCUUA